AUGUCCAAUAGCAGGAGAACGAUGCGAGGACCCAUCAGGCAAUUGUCACUGCAACAAUCGACACCGCGCCGACAUCACAUCAGGCGGCAGCGAUCGGCGGAAGACGACAAGUCCUUGCAAAUAUAUGCGAACCCAAUCGCGCGAAGCAAACUCGCCGGGAAUGCGGCUGAAAAACCCAAGGUGCGAGUCGCAUGGAAUGAUGAUCGGCGAGGUUGCGACGGCGAGCUCGAGCGAGUGGAAGUGGUUGCCCGGCAAAUCCCAGGUCGGCCUAGGCAGACGACGAGCGGCCGAUCCGGCGGUCGAAGCUACAUCGUCGGCGCUGAAAAGGCGUCGAUCCUCUAUUCGCGGCAAGAGCUCGCCGAACGGCUAAGGCUCGCCUGGAAGCACCGCGAGGAGAAUAGAGCGAACAUCGACAUCUUCUUAGCGCACGGUUUCGCUGUAGAGAACCGUUGUGAUUCCGAAUUGUCGAUGUCCGCCCCGGCGACUCCUCUGCCGAGGAAAGAACCUAAUCCUGUUCGAUGUUAUGAAAAGGUUCCCUGUUGUAACACUGGAGAGAAGCUGAGUAAUCUUUCCGGCCAAUCAAAAAACGACGAUCUGGAGAAUCAAAUAAAAGAAGUCAAGAAAGAAGAUGAAAGAGAAGAAUAUAAUGCUAACAUGAGCGCCGAGGAAAAGAAGAGAACGCAUAUAAGCAUCGACUGCAUGAGCCUCCAUUCUUCGAGUCCUUCAUCCGCAUCCUUGAAACCGGAAAACGCGGCCAUAUCAGCGAAAAUUGCGAACGACGAUUUCUCCUCGGCGAAACAGAAGCGCACGAGUUUUCACAGCGGUACUAAUCGUGCUUUUCUCGUUCCCAUGAUCGAAAAAUCGACGAAAGGAUCUGUAGGAGCAAGCAAAUAUACUGCGACGGAUAAGGUCGUCCCGAUGAAGUCGCUCGAGAUAAGAUGCGCGUCCGCUACACCGAGUGACAAGACCGCGACGCAGAAACAAACGACAAUGACGGAUGUGAGAUCGUCAAUCGUUCUCGAGAAUAAACAGGCCAUUCUCGCGAAAAGCUCGUCCAUGAUCUCGUUGGAGAAAGCGAAAAGAACGAAUUCCGCACCACCGCAAAAGCGAGGAGGAGGAGAAGGGAAUGUUGUGUCCACUGCACGCGUGCAGGUAAACAUCGUGAUCGACACGCCGAGUCUCACCGAAGUGACAAGCGAUAAACCGAACAUCUGUGGGCUGCAGACUGGCAGAAACGCUGUGGAGAAGAGCGAGGAAGGUUCCACAAAGAUAUCGCGCGAACGAUCGGUGAGAUCGGCGCCUCUGAAGAGGAGAUCAAGGAGUGCGAAGAGACGUUUCCUAGCAUCCUCAGGAAUGGGCGGCAAAGACGAGGAGGAUGCGAGGACGCAAGACCGAUGUGGAGGACGGGUGAGAGCUUACGUGGACUCGAAGACCACGGAUGUGAUCACAAUGGUAUCGCUGGUUAGCUCGGCCGACAGUGAUAGCGACGCGGAGAAUUCGCCGGGCGACGAUAAGCUUAUCAGUGAGUUGCGCAGCAAGCUACCUACCAUGCCGAUAAUCAAGACAUCCAUCAACUCUAAUCCCGGUGUAACAAGGAAACCGAUCAAGUCAG